GAGUGGAAUGAUGGAUGGGAGGAUAGAGAAUGAGACAUGGAGAGAGGAAAGGAAAUAAAGGGAUAGGGGAGAAACACCUCAGAAUAAAAUGAGUCGUGCAAUAAUUCUCCAUGAUGUCUAGGUACCAAGAUUGUGUGCAAGUACUGAGCUGGCUGGAGCAGUUGGCUGUUGUGGAGGAGAGAAUCAUUGGGAUGGCUUGUUUCUUUUCUUACUGUUUAGAACUCUUGCUUUAUGCUGGAUUUCCAUUUAAGUCAUUUAAAGAGUGCCUGGAAUUCAUACAACGCAAUGAAAAAAACUGCAUCCUUAUGUCUCAGAACAGCAUCAUGUUGGGGCUGUAUUCAUCCCUGGCCAUUUGGUUUGCCAGACUUCAGCAGUGGGGCAGCUUCAAGGAGCCUUUUGAAAAGGCCAGAAGGUUGCUGAGGAGAACUAGCGCCUCAUUCUUUGCUACCAGUGGAUUCUGUAGAUUCUUGGAGUGUGAGAUCCUUAUGCUACGGAAACACAUUGAGGAAAAGCCUGAAUUGGUCUGGGCGACUCGUAAUAAGAUGCUAAAGGACUUGGACCAGGUUCUCUCUCGAUGCUCCACAAGCCCUAUCUGUUACCCUAGGGUUUACCACCUGAAAGCCUAUAUCCUCCUGGUGUUGGGCAAUGAAGAACAGAGCCAAAUCUACCUAUCCCAAGCAUUCCAACUCUGUGACAUAUAUGGAAACCUCCUGGAGAAAUCCUGGCUGGAGAUCAGCAAUAUAAGUCCCGAGAGCUGGUAA